AUGCUAAAUUGCUUCAGUCAUGUCCCAGUCUUUGCAACCCUAUGGACUGAAGCCUGCCAGGCUCCUCUGUCCAUGGGAUUCUCCAGGCAAGAAUACUGGAACGGGUUACCAUUUCCUCCUCCGGGGGAUCUUCCUGACUCAGGGAUUGACCAAAGGAUCAAACCCUACAACUCCUGCAUUCACAGGCGAGUUCUUUGCCACGAGUGCUCCAAAAUAAAACCAGGAAACUUACACAUACUUGCAAACAAGCAUAUAAUAAAUGAAAAGUGUUUACAUUUCAAAAUGGAUUGUGGAAAAUCCAUUAACCAUUCAUAUAAGACCAGCACUUUGAUCUUCAGGCUACCAAAAGUACACUUAAGCCUACCUAAGAAGUUACUUUGUCUGUUGGUGAAGUGA